GAAUAAAAGACAAUCUUGUAUCACAAGAUAAUGAAAAGCACCAACUUCCAUUAGCCCAACUCUUCCUCCACCAAACCCACAACCUCAACUGAAAAGACCCCCCCAUCUCCAAUGGAUCCACCACCUCUCCCACCCCUCCCCACCGCCGCUUCCACCACCAAUGCCACCACCAUCCAAGCGAACUACCCAGACUCGGCCGACUCCUCCCCGCGCUCCCGCCACGCAGAAACCAGCUGGCUCGACGAGCCUCUCCCUCCUGUCCCAGGCGCCAAGCUCCGCCUCAUGUGCAGCUACGGCGGCCACAUCAUCCCCCGCCCCCAUGACAAAUCCCUCUGCUAUGUCAGCGGCGAGACCCGCAUCGUGGUCGUCGACCGCCACUCCUCCCUCUCGGACCUCUGCUCUCGUCUCUCCCACACUCUCCUCAACGGCCGACCCUUCACGCUCAAGUACCAGCUUCCCCACGAAGAUUUGGACUCCCUUAUAUCCGUCUCCACCGACGAAGACCUGGAGAACAUGAUCGAAGAGUACGACCGUACGACCUCAGGGACGAAAUUGAAACCCGCUUCACGUCUGCGUUUGUUUCUCUUUUUCUCCAAGCCCGAGGCUGCAGCCUCCAUGGGAUCGCUCCUCGACGAUGCCAAGUCCGAGACGUGGUUCGUCGACGCGCUCAACCAUGCCGGGCUACUUCCUAGAGGGCUGUCUGAUUCAGCAACUGGGUGCAUGUUAAAUCUCGAUGGGGUUCGCGGUAGUGAUUCUUGCAACGAUUUGGAGGCUCAGGUAGCUGAUAAUUCUUUGGGUGAUAAUAACAAACAGGUGACGAGCAAUGUUCAUGAUGUGCAUUCGAUGCACGAUUCACCUAUGGUGGAGAACUCUUCAUCAUAUGGGUCAUCUUCUUCGUCGCCUUCCAUGUCUAACCUGCCUCCUAUUCGUGUUCGUGUUGAGGAUCAGAAGCUUGGCAUGGAGGAACAGUUUGCGCAGAUAAGUUUUGCGCCAAGUGGGUUGAAGCAAGAUGAUACGUUUGGUGUUUUGUCUGCUCCUCCUCCUUCACUUCCUACAGUUAUGGCUUCUGCAAGUACUGCGGCGUCAGCGGCUAUUCCUACGGCUGUUUCUAAUGAGACGGCGAGUCGGGUUUUCUCCGAUGAUGAGAGAUCGGAUCAGGGGGUUCCGGUUGGGUUUCGAAAGCCUCCAUUGCCGCUGCAGCCAGUGCAUAUGAAGGCUUGUGGAGGACCUGGAGGUUAUAGUCUGCCUUCGCCGGAUUCGGUUGCCAGCGAUAGUAGCAUCGCAUCUGCGAGCUCCGUCUCAAAACCUUUGUACUAUCAAGACCAAGUUCAUGCUGCCCAUAGAGACAACAGAUCUCCUAAUAGCCCAAGUACAAAGAAUGAGAUUCCUGAUUCAAGUUCCCGAACCACCCAACAGCAACAAGUUCAGGAUUCUGGCUACAUUUUGGAUCAACAGCAGCAACAACAGUUUCUUCAUGCCAGUGCACAUUACAUGCCUCACCCUGCAGCCACAGGUCAAGCGCCAAUGUCAUCUUACUACCAAGUGUAUGCUCCAACUUCACAGCAGCAGCUUCAUCACCCAACAGAUCAGCAAUAUUCGUUGUAUGUAAUGCCCUCUGUUGCACAGGCACAAUCAUACACCAUGUCUAUGCAAUCUAACAUAGCCGACACGACCGGAGCGGCUGCACAUCCUGCCAUGUUUGCUGCCUCUGCAGCUUACAAGGAUGCAAUUCCACCCAUCUACCCCACAAAGACGACGACCGCUGCUAAGUCGGAAAUGGCUUCCAGCAUAUACAGAACAGCUGUGGCGGCAGCGAAUCCUCAAUUUGUUCAAGUCCCAUCUAGGCAGUUUCAGCAACAAUAUGCAGGGUUUCAUCCAUCUCAGUCUAUAGCUGUUGCUUCAUCUGCUGCUGGGAAUUAUGGGUUUGAAUACACCAACCAUCCAAAUCAUGAACAAGUUUACUACACUCACCAAGCUGCUCCAUUGCCUCCUCAAUACCAAACCAUGACAGCAGCAGCUGCUAUAGCAUUAUCAGAUGCUUCAAACCAGCUGCCUACAGAGUCUCUGCAGCAGAUCAGAACCUCACAGCCACUCUAGUUCAACUAGGCAAAUAAAUACAAUUUUGAAAGGGAUAAUAAGCAUACUUUCUUCAUUCUUCCAUGUAGCCAUUCUCUUGGGAAAUGAAGGUGGUUGAUGCAUCAGAUCAUAUGGUAAAAAUCUUCCAUGUUUAACUAAUACCAUCAGGCAAGGUCCAGGUUAAUAUAUAUCUGCAGAUAAUUAAAUUUGAACUGUUGGAAAAACUACUGAAAAUGUGCUGUAAUUUUUUGUUUUUUUAGCAGCUAAACUAAAUCCAAUAAUCUUUCA